GCGGAGGAAUUCUAGCUGGCGUGGCUCGGCGGUGCGACCACCGCCUCCACCUUCCUUCCUUCCCUCCACCCGAAGUCCAUUCAGAGCCCUCCCUGGAUGGGACGGUCCGCCACACACCAUCGGUCCGCUCGGUGCCCGGUUCCGCGCGAUAUUUUGUGACUGCCUGUCUGUGCGGUGCUCGUGCUUUAGCCUGUGCUUCUCGGCUCCCUAGACCCGUCGAGGAAUAGGGAGGUCGACAUGACCCGGUUGGGAUUGCGAUUCGUCGCAUCCGUAGUUUGCCUGGCCGGGAUUAUUAGUGGGCAAAAUACACAUAAUUACACAAGGUCGUCAUAUCCACCAGUCGUUCCGCUGGGAUAUGCUGGAAAAGAGGAGCGAGGUGAUAUCCCACAAAUCGGAACACCCACAAAUAGUAGCGACGAUGACAGUUUGCCAUGGAGAAAUUUAGGGUAUUUUACGAACAACGAAGGAAACUACAACGAAAGGCGGAACAGCAGUUUUCCGAAUGGUUAUUAUAGUCCUGACGAGAGGAGACACUACUCUCAGCAACGGAACUACAGAAACAGAAGUGAUCCUUACGCGAAUCGAUAUGGUUCUUACGACGAUGUUCGUGAGGAACAACCACCACCAAGCUCAGAUGACAGAUAUCCUGACAACGCGUCAGGAUCUAGAACAGACGAAAAUCGACCAGGUGGUUACCCGAACGAUCGUGAUAACAAUUAUUAUGGUGGCAGUGAUAGUGAGCGAGGAGGCGGUUCUUACUCAUACAGUCAGAAUCCUAAUGAUCCUUAUGGCAAUAGCGAUUCUUAUGGAAGAAAUUAUGGAUCUGCAAGAGGUGCAGAGACGUACGGUCGAGGAUCAUCGGAUACUUAUGGCGAUAGAACUUACGGUGGCGGUCGCGGAAGCGGAGGAGAUGCUUACGGUGGGGGUCGGGGAAGCGGAGGAGAUGCUUACGGUGGGGGCCGGGGAAGCGGUGGUGCUUACGGCGGCGGCAGUCGUGGUUACGGUGGUAAUGACGAAAAUUAUCCAAGUAAUUACCAUGUAGUGCCCAUGCCUGGAGCAUCUCAGAAUUGCACCGGAUCAGGAUGCUGCGUGCCAAAGUGUUUCGCCGAAAAAGGCUCACGGGGACCGCCAGGAUUAAUCGGUCCGCAAGGUCCUAAGGGUCAACGAGGAUUUCCGGGAGCGGAAGGUCUUUUAGGACCGAAAGGUGAGAAAGGAGAUCCUGGUCCACAAGGUCUCCACGGUUCAAAAGGUGACAGAGGAAAAAUGGGUAUGCCUGGUUUUCCCGGUAUAAAUGGCGUGCCCGGAGUACAAGGACCUCCGGGACCUCCCGGUAUACCUGGUCGUGAUGGUUGCAAUGGAACGGAUGGUGAACCCGGAAGACAGGGUCAUCCUGGAGAAUCGGGACCUCGUGGUUUUCGAGGUCUGCCGGGUCCUAAAGGAGAAAAAGGUCAGCCAGCUUAUGCUGGUUCUUUCCCAGUGGGUCAAAAAGGUGAACCUGGUAACGAUGGUGUGAGAGGUCCUCCUGGUCCUCCUGGUUUUCAAGGAGAACGAGGUCCUUCUGGUCUAAAAGGCGAAAGAGGGCCUUAUGGUGCUCCUGGUUUACCAGGUGCAAAAGGAGCAAAAGGAAACAUGGGUGUUGGAUUUGAAGGACAAAAAGGAGACAAAGGUCAGAAAGGAGAACUUGGACCUCCAGGUGCGCCUUUGGAACCAUUUGAAGGAUGGUCGGAAGUAACAGGCCCACCCGGAGAAGCGGGAAGGAAAGGAGACAAAGGUGAAAUGGGACCGGAAGGACAAAAAGGUGAACCUGGAUUAAUAGGUGAUCAUGGUAUACCAGGAGCACUAGGUCACAAAGGAGAAAAAGGUCUUCCAGGAGCUCCUGGCAUUCGUGGUAGAGAUGGUUUCUCUGGACCUCCAGGACCUCCUGGACGAAAAGGUGAUCGAGGUAUUGACGGAUUGGAAGGACUUCCUGGACGACCUGGUAAAAAAGGAGAACCAGGUCGGGAUGGACCGUUGGGAGUACCAGGAUUACGAGGACCUCCUGGACCACCGGGAGGUGGUAAAGGAAGACCGGGACCACCAGGACCAAAAGGACCACGUGGUUUCCCAGGACCUACUGGACCACGAGGAGCAGACGGUUUUCCGGGUGAUCCAGGACCAAGAGGUCCUGUAGGUUUACAAGGAGGCCCCGGAUUAUCUGGAAUUCCAGGUCCGGAAGGUUUACCAGGAGAAAAAGGUGCAAAAGGCGAACCUGGUUUAACUGGAUUUCCUGGAGGUCCAGGACCACGUGGAUUUGAUGGACCACCCGGACCAGCAGGGCCACGAGGACCACUAGGAGAGAAAGGAUUAUCGAUAAUAGGUCCAAAAGGCAUGGAUGGAACACCUGGUUUUGAUGGAGAAAAAGGUCAAAAAGGAGAGCGAGGUUAUCCUGGUGUACGAGGAAGACCAGGAGAUUCUCUAGAUGGUAUUCCAGGAGCUCCUGGUGCACCAGGCGAACCUGGAGAAGCGGGAGCUCCCGGUAGAGACGGUUUACCGGGUUCCCCAGGAGGAUCUGGAGAAAAAGGAGAUAUUGGUGGACGAUGUAUAGAUUGUUUACCAGGAUUAAGAGGUUCUAAAGGAGAUCGCGGCACAGAUGGUAUUCCUGGACUUACUGGACCUCGAGGUCCUCCUGGAGAACGCGGUUUUCCGGGAGAAUCUGGAGUAGACGGUUUACCAGGUCCGAUUGGACCGCCGGGACUGCCGGGAAAAGAUGGUAUACCUGGUUCGCCAGGACCUCAAGGAGAACCUGGGACUCCAGCAACUGUUACAUGGAACAUGCUUAAAUUGGAAAAAGGUGAAAAAGGUGUGCGUGGCGAACCUGGUCGACAAGGUCCACCAGGACCAGAAGGACCUCCAGGAGAAAAGGGCAGACCUGGAUUUGAAGGUUUUCCUGGACUUAAAGGAACUCCGGGAGACCGUGGCUUUCCUGGACAAGAUGGCGUUCCAGGAAGACCGGGCACGCCUGGACAUAAAGGAGAAAAAGGUUUAAGUGUGAAAGGUAAACAAGGAGAACCAGGUCGACCAGGAUCUGAAGGACAAAAAGGACAGCCAGGCAUAGAAGGACAAAAGGGUGAAGCUGGUCAAUGUCCACAACUACUCAAAUUAAAAGGAUUUAAGGGUGAUCGAGGUUUUACUGGUGAGAAGGGAGCACCCGGACCUCCCGGCUUUGACGGAUUACCAGGUGACAAAGGAUUACAGGGUUUCUCGGGUCCACCUGGGCCAUCUGGUCCUACUGGUGCUCCUGGUCCUGUUGGUCCAAGAGGUUUACCUGGCCCGCGUGGUGAUAAAGGCAACAUGGGUCCUAUGGGUUUCCCAGGAGAACCUGGUAGAGAAGGACCUAGAGGUUUUCCAGGAGCUCCAGCACCAAAAGGUGAAAAAGGAGAGCUUGGCAUAUCCGUUAAAGGUAGUCCUGGUCUACCAGGUCCACCAGGUGAAAGAGGAGAAAAGGGUCUUCCAGGACCACCAGGAAAAGAAGGUCCACAAGGUUGGGCGGGAUUACCAGGCUUUACUGGUGAGAAAGGAGAUAUUGGCACACCAGGAAUAAAUGGUUUGCCUGGAGCACCUGGUGAAAAAGGAGAUACCGGUCCAGUUGGUCCACCUGGUCCUCCAGGUGUUGCUGGUCUUCCAGGAGUCGAUGGAAGCAAAGGUGAGCCAGGCUUACCGGGAGAGCCUGGUAGAGCGGGUCUUCCAGGAUUCCCAGGUGCAAAAGGUGAUCGCGGCGAACCAGGUAUUGAUGGACCAAAAGGAUAUCCCGGUAGACGAGGUUUACCUGGUGGUCCAGGUAGACCAGGUGAAGAUGGUUUACAGGGUAUAAAAGGAGAGCGCGGUGAAAAAGGUUCUCCAGGAUUCCCUGGAUUGCCAGGUAUGGAAGGAAAACCUGGUCGUCCAGGAAUAUCUGGAUUAAAAGGAGAUCAAGGACUACCCGGUCCACCUGGUUUACCAGGACUCAUUGGUUAUCAAGGACUUAAAGGUGAUAGUGGUCUACCGGGUCUACCAGGAAGAAAAGGAGAACCAGGAGAAGUUUCGGAAAAAGGACAGAAAGGUGAACCAGGAAUGCCUGGAAUACGAGGUCCUCAAGGUCCUCCAGGACGAGAUGGUAUCGAUGGAGCAAAGGGUGAACCUGGAAGACUAGGCAUUGGUCGUGAUGGACAGCCUGGACAGAAGGGUGAGCCAGGCUUACCAGGUCGAGAUGGUUUACCAGGAUUCCAGGGUCAAAAAGGUGAUACUGGUGUACGAGGAUUCCCAGGAAUAAAAGGCGAUUUUGGUCCACCAGGCAUAUCGGGAGAACCAGGACCGCCAGGUAUAGAUGGACUUCCUGGAGAAGUUGGUGAAAUUGGACCAGUAGGAGUACCUGGUUUCCCUGGACUUGAUGGCGAAAUGGGUCCUCCUGGACGGCCUGGACUUGAUGGUGUUAAAGGAGAUCGCGGUUUAUCCGGACCUGUUGGAUUGCCUGGUAUUUCUGGAGCACCUGGAGAAAAAGGAGAUCGUGGCCCUCCAGGACCAACAAUUCAAAUUAAAGGUGAAAAAGGUGAACCAGGUAUUCCUGGAAUACCUGGAGAGAGAGGAGAAAAGGGAGAUCAAGGCUUGAUAGGUAUUGCUGGAUAUGAUGGUGAAAAAGGCGAGAGAGGUCCACCUGGACCCGAAGGACUCCAUGGACCACAUGGUGCACCUGGACUUAAAGGUGAACAAGGUCCUCACGGUAUUCCUGGUAUACCAGGACUUACGAUAAAAGGUGAAAAAGGUCUACCAGGUUUAAUGGGUAAGCAUGGUAGAGACGGAUUGCCAGGACGACCCGGAGAAAAAGGAGAGCAAGGAUUACCGGGUUUGCCAGGACAAAAAGGAGACAUAGGUCCUUAUGGACCAGUCGGACCACAAGGUGAAAAGGGUGAUCAAGGACCAUCUGGUUUGACCGGAUCACCAGGACGCGACGGAGCUCCUGGUCUGGAAGGUAUGCCAGGAAUACCUGGUGAAAGAGGAGAAAAAGGUGAUCAAGGACCGCCUGGAGCGUUUGGUUUUCCAGGACAGAAGGGAGAACGUGGUCUUACAGGACCCAACGGACUGGACGGACCUCCAGGAGAGAAGGGUGACAGAGGUUGGGAUGGCGUAAAUGGUCUGCCUGGGACUACUGGUGAAAAAGGUGAUAAAGGAUAUCCUGGCCCAUCCGGUGCGGUAGGUGUUUCUGGUUACAUAGGCGUAAAAGGUGAAAGAGGUGACGACUGUAUCGAACCUCCAAUGGGACCUAAAGGAGAUCGUGGAUAUCCUGGACCCACUGGACCAUCUGGUCCACCAGGAGAAAAAGGACUUCCAGGUCCGCCCGGCUUCCCCGGUCUGGACGGUGUUAAAGGCGCUCAAGGUUAUGUCGGUCCAGCUGGACCACCUGGUUUGCCAGGAUUACCCGGACCUGUUGGUGCACCCGGUUUACCGGGUCUUCAAGGUCCUGUCGGUAUACCGGGACUUACUGGUGAACCUGGUGCGCCUUGCGAACAGACACCUGAUUAUCUUACCGGUAUUCUCUUGGUCAGACACAGUCAAAGUGAAACCCUACCGGAUUGCGAGCGAGGCCACAUCAAACUUUGGGAAGGAUAUAGUUUAUUGUUCACCGAUGGCGACGAGAGAGCGCACUCUCAAGACUUAGGUUACGCCGGCUCGUGUGUAAGAAAAUUCGCGACAAUACCUUUCCUGUUCUGCGACGUCAACAACGUCUGCCAUUACGCUAGUCGCAACGAUCGCUCUUACUGGCUAUCAACCAAUAGACCAAUUCCUAUGAUGCCUAUUGAAGAAGGAGCAAUAGAAAAUUAUAUCUCCAGGUGCGUGGUGUGCGAGGUCCCGGCUAACGUGUUAACAGUACACAGUCAGUCAGUAAUCAUUCCAGAAUGUCCAGACGGAUGGACCGGUCUUUGGAUUGGCUACAGUUUUGUUAUGCACACCGGCGCAGGUUCUCAGGGCGGUGGCCAAUCCUUGUCGAGUCCUGGUUCUUGCCUGGAAGAUUUCCGUGCCACACCGUUCAUCGAGUGCAACGGUGCCAAAGGACACUGCCAUUACUACAGUAAUCAGUACAGCUUCUGGAUGGUAACUAUAGAGGAUAGUCAGCAGUUCAGAAGCCCCGAAAAGGAGACUCUAAAGGCGGGCAAUCUUAGAUCCCGAAUAAGUCGCUGCCAAGUUUGUAUAAAGAACACGUGAAACACGAUCGCGCCACUCGUUUACACAUAAACAGACACAGACAUGCAUAUACACACUUACACACGUGAGGACAUACUUCCUUCCUCUUCUUUUUUUUUUUUUUUUUUUUUGUAAAGCCGAGAA